UUUGACAGCUCAAUUGACCGCCAUGAAUAACAAGAUUGAUGCUAUGUCAAUAUCAAGGGUAGAGCCCGUGGUUGAAGAACAAACUAGCUUCGAGGAUGUGAACUACAUCAACAACAACAACAACCGAGGCCAAGGGAAUUUCCGGCCUUCACAUCAAGGUGGUUAUCAAGGCCAAGGGCAAGGGCAAUACAAUCAAGGAUUUCAAACAAAUCGCCACCCAAAUCUUGCCUAUGGUAAUCCCAAUAACUUCUUGCAACCACCGCCCGGAUUUGCGGUGAGUGAUGGCAUGAUCAAGGAAGAGAAGAAGCUCAACCUUGAAGAGAUCUUAAUGAAAUUCAUGACGGCCACUCAAGCCCACAUGACAAGAACCGACGAAAGGUUAGAGGCUCAAGCAACCCAAUUGAAAAUGCUUGAGAUGAAAGUGGGACAAAUUGCUGAAUCCUUAAGCAACCAACAUCAAAAGGGGCAAUUUCCGAGUAACACCGUUGUGAAUCCAAAAGAACAUUGCAAGGCUAUCACUAUAAGAAGUGGGAAGAUACUUGAAGAGUCCAAGAUACCUCCGGAAGUCAAGAACAAUGAUGAGAACAUUUCCUCAAAAAUGCAAGGCGAUAAGGAGAAGGAGAAAGAUGUGUACAAGGCACCACCACCUUAUUGCCCACCAAUUCCAUUCCCUCAAAGACUUCAAAAGAAAAAUGUGGAGAGUGAGUUCUCUAAAUUCCUUGAGAUCUUUCGGAAGGUACACAUCAACAUCCCCCUUGUUGAAGCUUUGCAACAAAUGCCCAAGUAUGCAAAAUUUCUCAAGGAAGUUCUAUCCAAGAAGAAGAAAUUAGAAGAAUUUGAGACGGUCAACCUCACCGAAGAAUGUUGUGCCAUUCUUCAAAAGAAGCUACCCAUCAAGAUCAAGGAUCCCGGGAGCUUUACUAUCCCAUGUGAUGUUGGAAAUGGUCGUUUUGGAAAGGCCUUGUGUGAUUUGGGAGCAAGCAUAAAUUUGAUGCCUCUCUCCAUCUUCAACAAGCUUGAAAUAGGAACCAUUAAGCCAACCACGAUUGCUUUGCAAAUGGCGGACCGUUCCGUUUCAUAUCCAAAAGGGAUAGUGGAGGAUGUCUUGGUGAAGGUUGACAAAUUCAUUUUUCCGGUGGAUUUUGUGGUGUUGGAUAUGGUUGAGGACAAGGAUGUACCUUUGAUCCUUGGACGUCCAUUCUUGGCGACGGGGAGGGCCCUAAUUGAUGUUGCAAAGGGCAAGCUCACAUUGAGAGUGAAUGAUGAGAGUGUUACCUUCUCAAUCCACAAAGCUCCCAAGCACAAAGAUGGGGAAGAAAGAAUGAGAGUGGAGGAAUGCAAAUUGAUGCAAGUGAUUGAACCUUGCAUCAACAUGAAAGAAAAAUUGAAGGGAGAAAGGAAAGAGGAGGAAGCCCAAGGCUUGGAGUUGAAGCUUCUCCCCACACACUUGAAGUAUGCAUUCUUUGGUGAGAAUGAGAUACAUCCAAUGGGGCAAGACCGUGUACUCCAACUCAAAGAGUUAGAUGAGUAUCACGCAUUUGAGAAGUCAAGCCUCUACAAGGAGAGGAUAACAAGUGCUAAUGACGAGAUGAUGCAAAAACGGGAGUUUGCACCCGAUGAUGAAGUCCUUCUCCUCAUCUUUCGUCAAUCACUACCUCCAGAAAAGCCAAGAUCAAAAUGGACGGGUCCUUUCAAAAUCAACAAGGUUUUCAACAAUGGAGCAAUUGAAUUGAGAAAGAAGGAUGAAAGAACCUUUGUGGUUGAGAAGGAAAGAAUCAAGGCAUUUUUGCCUUUGAAACCAAAAGUUGAAGUGUUCGUUGGAACCACCCCCGAGCCAUAACACCAUCAUGGAGACGUCUAGCUCAUGACGUUAAACUAAGCGCUAGUUGGGAGGCACCCCAACAAGGUACCCUUUAAUUUUUGUAUGGUUUAUUUUAUUUUUAUUUUUAUUUUUUAUAUGUU